UGCGAGAGUCUUCGCUCAAUAUUUUGACUAUAGCACUGGAUCGAAACCAUUUGUGCUAUUUAUAAUUUUACAUACUUUAAACAGAUUUCUAUUUGGUAAUAAAUAAAGUAAUGAUGUCAAAUCUUCGGGGCGUCUCGCCCUUAUCAGAAGCAAUGUCCGACACGACGCUAGAAAGAAAUCGUGGAGAAAAGGCGUUGUUAACCAAAACGCCCUCUCAAAGCCAAGUAUUUUUACAUAAAACAACAAGUAAUAUGCUUAAAAAUUACUCUGAUAAAAAUGGAAACGACGUUACGAAGACUGUUCAUAAAGGCCGCAAAACCUUUGCGUUUUGGACACUAGUAUGCCUAUUAUUUAUAUUGGCUAUCGGGAAUCUGGUUCUCACGUUCACCAUUCUCGCUGUAUUAAGACUUGGGCAAGGCCUUGAAAGUAUGGAAUUUCUCCCAGAGCACAACGCUAUCAAAUUCUUCGGAUUAACAGAUUUAGAUCAUAUUUAUAAGAGAGACGGUUUGAUAGAAAGCUUCAGAGACACACCCAUGAGUAUAACGAGUGAAAAUGGUUCUGUACUCUUCAAUUUGCAGACCAGAUUAUCACGCACGGAUACAAAACUGGUAGUGAACACGUCUGGAGUCUUCAUCAAAGGGGUUAACUCCCUCGAACUGACCGACCCUGAUUCCGGCGAACGGGUGUUCAGCACCGCGAACCCGGAGAUCACGGUCACUGAAAGCAUUAAUAAUUUGAAUGCUAAGCAAGUAUCAACGAAACGCAUCUCAUCACCAGUUGACGAGGAUCUCACCUUCCGUUCUGAAACAUCAGCCUACCUCCGGGGAGCGGAAGGCACUCACAUGGAAUCGAAGGAACUGUUCUGGAGUGCUGACCAGGAUAUUUACUUGAAAUCGAUCAACGGUUCUGUUGUCCUAAGCGGUAAAGAAGGUGUUUUCAUCGAUGUCAGAUAUUUACCGAUAGCGAUACCCCUGAACAAAGAUAAGUUCCAUGGCACGGGGCAGUUUAAAGUGUGCGUCUGUAUGCCCCAAGGGAAAUUGUUCAGGAUAGCAGUUCCCAAUGGACAAAAGAUCACGUGUUCUCAUGUUAAUAUGACCGGGGAACUGAAUCCUUGUAUGUAGUGGAGUUCAUCAUAUAUAUAUUUGUGUAAUAGCUGGAGAUAGUAGUCAUAUAAAUGUAUAUUUUAUCUGUAUUAUAAUUACAAUAUAAAUGU